CCCUAUGAGCCUCUUCGCUUCUUUUACUCGCCACCGCCGGGGCCCGAGGUGGCUGCCUUGCCCCUGGCGCCUGGCCCCCCGACCCCCCGGCUCGCCUCUGCCUCCCACCCCGAGGAGCUGUGCGAACUGGAGAUCCGGAUCAAGGAGCUGGAGCUGCUCACCAUCACUGGGGACGGCUUCGACUCCCAGCGCUAUAAGUUCUUGAAGGCGCUGAAAGAUGAAAAGUUACAAGGACUGAAGACCAGGCAGCCUGGAAAGAAGUCAGCCUCUCUCUCCUGAGGAGCUGCCCACCAGAGCCUGGGUAGCCACCUCCUUAGGUGUUAGUGCUUAGGUAAUGUGUCCUGUUUGUUGUCAUUUCAAAAAUCGUUAUUUUCUGUUCUGUAUUUACUGCUGUUCUUAUUGCUCCCAGCACAUACUCCACA